AUGUACAAGAGUCUGGCGUGGACGCCAGCACGCGAACAGGCUCUCCAGAGACGCACCCGAGCCAAGCUCCAGGCCCGACGCCCACGGCACAAGAAACAGGAGCACGAAUACGCUCGGGCGGAGGCUCGGAGGCAGUAUCGGGAGAAAAAAGGCAUAUCGGGCCCCGUCGACCUCUGGCUCGCCACAAAGCUCGCACAGGGCAUCGCUGACGACAUCGAGUCCCCUGUGACCCCCGAUGAGGUGCAGUGUUCGGUGCACGUCUGCCGCAUCCCGAACCCGGAGCCGGACGAAUACUUCGUUGAUCCCGACACGUUCGUCCUGCACCUGACGGUCAGGAGCGCGCCGCGCAGCUUCCAAGAAGGUGCACUCGAGUCCGAGAGACGCGUCGUGCUCGGACAGUACACAGGCGACCCUGCAGACUGGGACGCCCCGGACUGGACGACGCUUCCCGCGGGCAAGGCGGUGGUCUUCCAGGAAAACGCCACCGCGGUCGCGAACCUAAUACAGCGCACGGGGCCCUGCGCGGACCAGACCACGGCACUCGCGGAUUCGCUCGCUGCAGUGCGACUGGACGGUUGA